AUGGGUAACGUCCUUUCACCAAAAUAUACCUACGAGGAAUGUACGGCCGACUUGGGAGAGCUCGGUCAGCUGAAAGGUACAUUGAUUGAUGGAAGAGUCAAGAGAUUUGCAAACGUCCCAUAUGCGCUACCUCCUACUGGCGAGUAUCGAUUCAGGCGACCGAGGCCGCUACCUAAGGGAUAUUCUUAUUCACCAGAUGGUCAACCUCGAAAUGCUGUCGAAUUUGGACUCCCAUGUCCUCAACCUACCUACACUUCUCUCCCUGUAUCAGAGCUGGCCGAGGAUGACGGAUCAGCAAAGGCUUUCCCUUACGAUGAGGAUUGCUUGAAGAUGAAUAUCUGGAUGCCUUCCGGUCCACCACCUCCAGGCGGAUAUUCUGUGUAUGCUUAUCUACAUGGUGGCUGGUUACAGAUUGGAGAUCCUAGUAUCGAUCCCAAGAUGGAUCCCACAGAGCUUAUAACUACCGGAGGUCUCAAUUGUAUCUUCAUUUCCUUGGGAUACCGAGUCAGCGCUUUCGGAUUUUUAGCUUGUAAAGAGCUUAAAGACGAAUCCCUCGAUGGUUCAGUGGGAAACUACGGAUUGUGGGACCAAAGGGUCGCUCUGGAAUGGAUCCAUGAUCAUAUCGCUGCUUUGGGUGGUAAUCCUAAGAGAGUCGUCCUGGGAGGUAGAUCAGCAGGAGCUUAUUCUACGCACGCCCAAUUGGUUCAUGAAUGUUUACAAGCUCAACCUACCGAGGGCGGCUUAUUCCAGCGUGCUAUUUUGAUAUCAAAUGUUAGUCCAUCAUACCUGAAAAUACGGCGAUUUUACUAUAUAUCUGACCCAGAAUUCGCACAGGCAAUCCCAUGUUUACCCAAAACUGUUGAAGAGACUCAAACUCAAUUCGAACAGCUAUUAAGCGCACUGGAUAUCCCAUUAUCUUUAUCUGGUCCAGAGAGAUUAUCGAGAUUACGAGCGGUACCUGCAGAAGCGUUGACCCGAAAGAUCAUGACGAUCGAACAGUUCACGUUCAGGACAGUACAAGACGGUGUCUUUUUCCCCACGAGUAAGACCUGGUUAUACGAUGGCAAAUUAGCCGAAGAGUUCAAGAAAAGAGAUAUGGCUGCUAUCAUUGGAGAGGUACAAGAUGAGGAAACGCUUUAUCGAGAUGGUUUUAGAGUCACCGAUGAGAUUUCGCUAUACAAGGCUGUUAAUCAGUAUUACUCCACUACUGUGGUCGAUCAGAUGAUAGAUCUGUACUUGAAUCAGAAAAUCAAAGAACCAUAUCAACACCCGGAUCCUAACCCAGAUAUUGAUUCGUACACCAAGGUACUUGGAGAUAUCAUCUCAGACGGUCAAGUGAGAGCACCCAGUCGAUCAUUCGCUAGACAAUUGAGAGAUGCAGGUGUACCGCUGGAUUCCGUCCAUCGAUAUAUUAUUGGAUGGGUACCCGAAUUCGUCAUGCAGUUCGCCCCUCCCAAAUUUGGUGUUACCCAUGCGAUGGAUAGACCUAUCCACAAUUUCUCUAUUUUCCAUGGACCAAAACCCCACGAAGAAGCCUUGAUGCGAGAAUGGAUCAAAGAUUAUGCAAACUUCGUUAAUUGGAGACCUGUCAAUUUCGGUACCGAUUUAUGGACCCAAGUCAAGGUCCUUAGUCCCAAAGAUAAUGGUAGCAUACGAAUUGAGGAUGAUGUCAAGUGGGAUUACCUAGAGAAGGUCUCGAAUGUUAUAGAAGGUAGAGGUAAAACAUCAGCGUGA